GGUCCACACAGCCCGUGUCACGGGAGGCUGAGGGAGCCGCCUAAAAGCGUGCAGAGGUAUUGGAUACGUGUUGUUGCUAGGGGCGUGGGUUGUGCCGUGAAAUAUUCUAGUUUCCCCGAGCCUGAAAGAGAUGAAAUAUAAGAAGACAACAGUCGUAUCAGCUGGACGACAGCUGCGCUGAGAGCUGCUGCCCGGUCCAACCUGAGGGAAACUGUGCCGCAGUGAGCAUUAUCUGAUAAGCGCCUGUGUUCAUCCUCCAGGACAGCACCGCCGCGGACAGGGAAAAAGUACAGAAUAGUUACAGGAACAAUGCAGAGACGCUGAGGUCACACUUCUCGGAACUUAUUCAGAUUUUCACCCGGAACACCUGCUAGUUAUUUGCAUGAAGCAGAGCCCGGCGGGUGGAGGAGUCUUCACAGGGGAUGACAGCUGCGCACUUGCUCGUCCCGUGAUGUGUCUUUGGUGGGAUUAGUGAGCGCCACAGCCUAAACAUCCUGGCCUGUCCGCUGUAGGCCACCGAUCUGUCUGCGGAGCAAAUCACAUUUAUAGCCUAUAGUUUGCGCUGGAGCGGGCACCUUAUGCAAUGUGGAGGGAACUGUUAUCAUGAGCUCAUAGGUUGAACUGGCAAUGACAUCAGGCUUAAGUUGAAUAGCUCUGCGCUGUAUUGCAGCAAGGUGGACCGGGGCGUGAGGUGGCAGGGAGCAAUGCGCGCAUCCUCCGAGCUGGACAUUUUGUGGGGGUGUUCUGUGUCCUAAACAAAUUCAAGGCACAAAGGCCACAUACAUCCUAGCUGGCGAACUGCGUCACUGCACGCGAGUGUUGCAGGUAGGCAGCAAACUCCCACCGCCGGAAGAGGAGCAUCAUCCUCCCUGCACAAUGUCGCCGGUAAGCGCUUAACAAUUUACCGGGGAUGGAUUCGGCGGAUCAGUCGAGCAAAGAUCCGCCACUUGGAUCCACGUUUUCCUCAGCACCUAAUUUAGACUCGGACAUUAAUGCAAAUGCCCGUAGGCCUGUUUACCAGAAUGGGACAGACCACAAUGUCAACAUCCACAUCGCAGCUCUGCGAGGAGCGAGUGACCCCAGCGCGUACCCGUCCACAGACUACCCGGCGCUGGUGCGCCAGAGGUUCAUCCGGCGGAGUUUGUGGGUGUCAGACACCGACGAGCAGCAGCCGGUGGACACACCGGAGUGUGUCAACAGCAGCCCGGUGCCACACAUUGACCUGCGGACCAUCGUUGAUCGGAGUCGGACCCGGGUUCUGCACGGAGCCCGCCUGGGCCUCAAUGAGACCUCGGACACAGAGAGCCAGGUGGGGCUGAAGGACAGCGUUACAGAGAGUGUGAGCGCUGAGGAGGUGAAAGGAGACAAGAGGGAAGCCGAGCCAAAGGUAGAGGUUACGCCCUCAGAUGUCACAGGUAAAGCAGGAAGUGACGAGAAUGAAGAGGAGCCCGGGAUGAAGGCUGUGUCCACUUCACCAGGGGGGCGUUUCCUCAAGUUUGACAUUGAGCUCGGCAGAGGGUCCUUCAAGACCGUCUAUAAAGGUCUUGACACCGACACCUGGGUUGAAGUGGCAUGGUGUGAACUUCAGGAGCGGAAACUGUCCAAAGCUGAGAGACAGAGGUUCAAAGAGGAGGCAGAGAUGUUAAAGGCUCUUCAGCAUCCCAACAUCGUGCGGUUUUAUGACUUCUGGGAAUCACCGGUUAAAGGGAAGAAGUGCAUCGUUCUGGUGACGGAGCUAAUGACCUCAGGGACACUAAAAACGUAUCUGAAGCGGUUUAAGGUGAUGAAGCCGAAAGUUUUGAGGAGCUGGUGCAGGCAGAUUCUCAAAGGCCUCCACUUCCUCCACACAAGGACUCCUCCAAUCAUCCACAGAGAUCUCAAGUGUGACAACAUCUUCAUCACUGGGCCCACAGGCUCGGUCAAGAUUGGAGACCUGGGCCUGGCAACACUGAAGAGGGCCUCCUUUGCUAAAAGUGUUAUUGGCACUCCAGAGUUCAUGGCCCCAGAGAUGUACGAGGAGCACUAUGACGAGGCUGUGGAUGUCUACGCGUUUGGGAUGUGCAUGCUGGAGAUGGCCACCUCAGAAUAUCCCUACUCUGAGUGUCAAAACGCGGCUCAGAUCUACCGCAAAGUCACCAGUGGGGUGAAACCUGCCAGCUACAGCAAAGUCAGUGACCCAGAAAUUAAGGAAAUAAUUGGUGAAUGUAUCUGCCACAGAUGGGAGGAAAGGUACUCCAUCAAGGACCUCCUGAACCAUGCCUUCUUUGCAGAGGACACAGGCGUGAGGGUGGAGCUGAAUGAAGACGAUGAUGGGAAGAAAUCAUCCAUUGCUCUGAAGCUGUGGGUUGAGGAUACUAAAAAGCUGAAGGGGAAAUACAAGGACACUGGUGCCAUUGAGUUUUCCUUCGACUUGGUGAACGAGGUCCCAGAGGUUGUUGCCCAAGAAAUGGUGGAAUCAGGUUUUUUCCUGGACUGUGAUGUGAAGAUAGUCGGGAAGUCCAUCCGGGACCGCGUGGCUCUCAUCAAGUGGCGGAGGGAGCGGACUUUCUCGUCAGCAAAUGGUGAUGUAGCUGUGAAGAAGCCGCAGCAGAACCUACUGCAAGUGCCCGGUGCUGUUGUACCCCAGGCACCCACAUUAGUUACGACAGAUUAUGAGGAGCAAGAGGGGGAGCAACAGACCCUGAUCUGCACCGUGCCAGUCACCAUGACUGCCACAUCUGACAGCGGAGUGAGCUCUACCAUGCAAUUAGAUGACCUAAACAAUCAGCAAAAUGGCACCUACCAGUCGCUUCCAGAGCCCAUUUCCUCGGCUCAUGUGAUCUACAGUCCUCCUGACCCUCAGCUGCACCAGGAGCCCUACCAGCAACCCACAGCACAGGCCUCUCAUGAAAAUUACACACAAGCAUCCACUCCAUUACACCAGGGAGCCUACCAGCAACCCGCAGGUCAGCUGCAUCCUGGGACCUAUCAUCAGCCCGCAGCACAACUGCACCAGGGGCCUUAUCAGUCUCAAACAACAGUUUCUGCUCCAGCUACACCAGCCCCUAUUGUGCACCAGAGUAGACAGACAGCACAGAGCUUCCCAGCUGCAGCCCCCACUCUACAGCCACAGCUUACUGCCCAGUCCAGCCAGGAGCAGUGCCCUCUCCAACCAGCUGCUGUCCUGCCCCAGCUGUUAUCUGCUGACCAGCCUACAACUCACCUGAGUCCUCCAGACAUAUCCACCAGUUUUCCACAGUCAGUGUCCAGUGCUCCUCCUCCACUCCUGCCCCUGCAGAUCAGCACACAGUUUCCCUCACCAUAUCCUGUUACUCAAACAGGGGGCCUCAUGCCCUCUCCCUUUCCCCCAGCUCCUCUGCCAAGUGCCUACAGCAGCAGUGGCCCUUCUACAUCUAGCUCCCAUUUCUCACCUUCGCCCCACCAUCCCUCCCUUCCUCUGACCCCUCAUGCUGCCUUGCCCUCUGUACCCUCUCUCGGCACCCCUCAGACACCUCUAUCCACACCUCAGCGCGUGCCCAGUGUGGCGCUCCCUAUUCCACUUAUUGCCAUGUCCUCUGCAGUGUCCCAGCAGAAGGGCAGCCCUCUCACAUCUCAGACUAACCUCGGUAGCUUCCAUACCACCCAUCCCUUACCUUUCUCCCAGGUACAACCCACCCCAUACCCCGCCCCCUACCCUGAGCAAGAAUUGUCUCAGCCGCCUUUCCAGGUACAGAUGAUUGCACCACAAGGUAAUCUGGGAGAUUUUCCCCUUUUGGCUCCGGCCCACCCAGUCUUGCCUACUCCUCUCUGGGGAAGCGGAGUUGAUGCAGAAACUUCUGCAGUUAGCCGAGACUUAACUGUAGCUCCAGCAGUCCCAGCUUCGGUCCCAGCCCCAGUAUCAGACCCAGCCUCAAUCUCUGCUACAGCCCAAGCUGAAACUCAAGCCUCAGCACAAACUCCAGCUUCGACCUCUGUUAGCGCCCCAACUUCAGCCCCAAUACAAGUUCCAACAGGAGUGCAAGCCAUAUCCUCAGUCCCAGUUCAAGCACCGGUCUCUGCAUCGGGUCUUGCUUUUGAAUCACCAAAAGGCUCAUCGACUAGCUCAGAUACAUCCUCUGCAGCUGGUAAACCCAAACUCUCAGUCCCAGGUUUAGGCUCUGCCCCAAUCCCUGUCACGUUGCCAGCCCCAGCUCCUGUCGCAGCUUCAGUCCCAGCUCCAGUUCUGCAGCCUGCUGGCAUCCAGACAGCAGUCUCAGUGUCUGAGUGUGCCAGCCUGGCUACAACUCAGCAAAACCUUGAGUCGACAUCUGCAUCCAGCACCCUUCAACAAGAGCCCUGUGGAGAGGAUGUGCUUCAAGACAAACCUGUAUCUUUACGCAGUUACACCUAUGACAGUCUCAACUCUGAUGUGGCAUCUGGUAAGGAAACAAGUGACGGCUAUGACAGCUUGGCUAGUGGAGGCAAGGGGGACGGAAAACCCAGGAAACACCACCGCAAGUCUGCUCGCACACGCUCCCGACAAGAAAAGACCAGCAAACCCAAACUGAGCAUGCUCAAUGUUUGCAACACUGGUGAUAAAAUGGUCGAAUGCCAGCUGGAGACUCACAACCACAAAAUGGUGACAUUUAAAUUUGAUCUGGAUGGAGAUGCUCCGGAGGAGAUUGCCACUUACAUGGUAGAGAAUGGGUUCAUCCUUCUGCUAGAGAAGGAGAUCUUCAUUGACCAGCUGAAGGACAUUGUGGACAAAGCUGAAGACAUGCUGAACGAAGACAUGGAGGGUGAACAGGCCACUGCCUUGAGUUGCAGUCCUGAACAAGGCCAGAUUUCCGAAGGACUGGUUGGAGAGAGUCAGCAGCCUGGAGCAUCUCAGCCUGUCUAUCAGCAAAAUGUUCUUCACACAGGAAAGAGAUGGUUCAUAAUCUGCCCUGUAGAGGAGACGCCCACAUCCAGUCAGGAGAUGCCAUCUGAUGGCACAGCAACACAGUCUCCUGGGAGCUCAGCCACUACUCAGCCUGCUGACACUGGGACUGCAAGGCCGUCUACAUCCAGAGAAGAGGGGUCGUCCUCCACAAUGUCCGGUGGAAGUGGAGGCUUCACCUAUGAUGUGUAUGGAUUCUGUAGCCCCCCAAUAAUGUCCAACACAGACCCUCUCCUCUUAGCUACUCUGUCUCCGCCUGUGUCUGCUCCCCCAACCCUUCAGUCAGUGACAUCAGUGGAGCCUGCGGGCGGCUCGGUGCAGCCCAGCGUUCAUCAGGCCCAGCCAGCCAGAGCUCAAACUUUGCCCCCAUCAUCCCCGCAUACAUCUUUCCCAGUGGAUGAGUCACGGGGAUCCCCGUUGGGCUCCAUCUCCCCAAUUGAUUCAGCUCAGCAGAUGCCAGACGUGUCUGUGGCUGACGAGGUGCCCUGCUGCCCUCUGGUCAUGCCCUUGUCUCUGGAUGUGAGCGGCUUACAGAGUGGGUCUCCUCUCACUCCUCUUCCUCUCCAGGAACCAGGCUCAGCCAAAGAGCCUCUGUCUGUCUCCUAUACCUCGUCAGCACGCAGCGAGCACCCACAGCAGCCUGUGGUGCUGCACCAGCCUUUUUCCAGUGUGGGCGGGACCAAAGUGUCCUCACUACCCCAGAGCCCAGCGCCAUCCCAGCAUGGCGCAGGGCCCGGUGAGUCAGACACUGAGGGACGGCUGGGCCGCGGGGGCUUUGUGGACAGCACCAUAAAAACACUGGAUGAGAAACUGAGGAACUUGCUCUACCAGGAAUAUGCUCCCAUGUAUCCAUCAGGCAGUGCUGCGGAGACGCCAGGCUCCGGCACCGAGUACAUCCAGUCUCCUCCUGGUCCAGACAGCGCCACAGGAGGGUCAGGAAACAGCACUCCAGGGCCCAUGGGGGAGGGACGCUACAGGGCAGGGGAACAGCUGCCUCAAAUUCCAGAGAGAAUGGACAGUUUGAGCACACUGAGUGACUCAGCUGUGUGUGCAUCCCUGUCAAGAAGGCACGUUCCUAACUCUGCUUCCUGCUCUGGAACAAGAGGCAGAUUUAAGAUAAUCUCUGUCCCUCCUGAAGUGGCCAACAGACGAGAUGUGAAGCAGAGGAGCUGGAGCAGCGCUGCCUCACCAGCACACCCUACAGGAUACAGUGAGGACCACAUCCAGGCUGAGACCAUGACUGCCUCCACCACAAUUGGUCGUUUCUCUGUGGUUAGCACCGAAGAUGACAUUACACAGAGGACACGUUGCAGCCGCUACUCCGCCCCACCUGAUUUCUACCUGGACACACCUCCGUCCAUGGCCAAGCGAGGCUCUCUGCCUCGUGCCAAUACAUCAAACUCUGUCUCUGUGGAUGUCACUGUCCACGCUCGUUUCCUCUCCUCAGACUCGGGUGCUGAGAGCAGUCCUGCGAAGCUGACUCCUGCCACCCCGUCUCAACAUACUCGCUCCGAGCGCAGAGGAAGUGACCUCAUGAAGAGGGCAGUGGCCUUCCUCCGUCGUUCAGGGCGCAGCAGCAGCGUGCAGAGCUCUGACUCACCAAGCAGGCAUGGAGGCGUGCAUGGCUCGGCCUAUGCCAGCAGUGAUAAUGACUCAGAGAUGGAGGACUCGGACAUGAAGAAGGAGCUACAGAGACUGAGGGAGAAACAUUUGAGGGAGAUCUCUGAGCUGCAGGCCCAUCAGCGGGGGGAGGUGGAGCUGCUGUAUCGCCGGCUUGGCAAAGCCCCUCCUUCUGGCCUGGGUCUCUCACAUGUUGCACCACAUGCCGGCCGUAGGAAGAGGUCCGGCAAGCACAGACUGAAGCCUGGCAAACUCCUCAGCCCUCUGGUUCAACAGUUUAGAAAUGUCACAACUAAAACUAGUGACUCCAGCAAAUCCAGUACUGCUGCAGGUACAGGUGAGCCCACAGUGAGUUUAAACGGCUCUCCAGCCAAAAGGCCUUUCCCCACUCACGGCAGGGCACGCUCGUGCACCAGCCACCUUCCCAGCUCGACCACAGAGCCCGUGCAGACUCAGCAGCCCUGCUCCCUCAAGGGCUCUUUGUCUUCUGAUAAUAUUUAUGCUGGAUUACACGGAGACGGCACCAGCACACACGCUCCACCCGGACAAGGCUGGUCUAAUUACCCUCAAACGUCUGAGAGAGUGACCUAUAAAUCGAGUAGCAAGCCUCGAGCUAGAUUUCUCAGUGGGCCUGUGUCUUUGUCUAUCUGGACAACACUGAAGCGCCUGUGUCUUGGCAAAGAGCGUAGCAGCAGGUCUGGAGCUGGGCCAGGGGCUUUCAAUCAACCACAGCAGCAGCCUCCCGGUGCCACACCUCCUUCUCAUCAGCCGGUGAUGGGACUGGCCCAAGCUCAGGCCAAUAACAGCAACAACAAGACAGGCACAUACACUGGCUCAUCCAUGAGUGCCAAUGAAAACAACCUGCCUGAGGACUUGCAGCGGCUGAUGGAGGACUGGGCCCAGGAGGUUCUUAUCGUCAGCCACAGGCCGCGCACCAACUCUCUGAGCAUCAGUGGGCAGCAGCUUUGGAAUCAGGUCGUGCCUGAAACACGUGGACAGCUGGCUAGUGCUUCAGAUGUGUCAUGGACAGUUCCAGGUCCAGAAGCCUGCAAUCGUCCCCUGUCAUGGCCUGAUAGCCCCGGGUCAACAGUGAUGACCAGCCCCUCCACGGGGCCCCGGCCCAGUUAUCAGCUCCACUCUUCUGCUCCAUCCAGGGCCUUGCCCUCUCCUCUCUCUGUCAGCCAGUGGCCUGGGUUGCUCUCCCCCCUUCCUUCAGGAGUCUUUGCCUUUCCUGCUGUGCCCUCAGCCCAGGACGCCCCCAGCCCCAUUCUAGCCCCAUCAUAUCAGCCGUCCGACCCCAAAGCCAGGACUCUCUAACCUGAGUAGCAUUGUGUCUUCCAACUCCGUUACCAAAAAGAGAUCACAUUAUAGUUCUAGUCAAUCUUAUGUGCAUAUUCUGUAUAUAUUUAACCAGCAUGUAUUUAAUCAUAUGUACAUACUCGUCUCCAGUCCUCAGUUUUAUGUUGUUUGUUUAAUUUGCAUCAACAUACCUCAUGUCCAUAUUACGGUACAUAAUCCUUGAGUGCAGUGUAAUGGUAGUAGUACAUUAAAAGAUGUAUAAUUAGCCCAAUCAAGCUUAAAGGAGCAGAUUUUAGUCAUUGCUUAUAAAAGCACCUUACCACUCAUUGAAUGUACAUAAUGUACUCUUCAUUCAUUGUACGUUUAUAUAAAUAGUUCAUGUUUGUGUUGCUCAUAUCACCCCUAUAUAUAAGCUGCCGUGUGUAUAUAUGAAUUCUUGUUAGUCUGUACAUAGCUCCCGUGUUUGUACAGUUAACACUAGGUAAUCCAUUGGUCGGUGCUGCAGAUAUGUGUCUUAUUGCAACACCUUAUUAGCCACCGUCAUGCCGUCACUGUGAAGACUUGACAUCCUGGUCACUAGGACCGGUUGCUUUACUCUGCUCUCUCAGUCCAAGGAUAGGUUUCAUUCUUCAUCGAUGAAAUGCUUCCAGCACAAGCGCUUGAAAUAUCCUUAAGAGAUUUGAAUGAACUUGAAUUUUAUCUUCAGGUGGGAAAAACACCUGUGAGAGUGCCUUGAAUUGCAGUUUCAGUUUUAUGAAGAAAAGCAUUUAGAUUCAAAGCAGACACUAGAUAUUCUAUAUAUGCUUUCACCUUCAAAGGUAAAUUAUGUGAUUUGAAUAAUAAAUGUAGAUUGACACAUGCUUAAUUUAGCAACAAAAACAUAAUUAAACACUAUAAUCUGGUCAUGUUGCAGUUCAUAAAAUAUCACAGAUUGUAAAACAGAAUCUUGUACACUGAAGUCGUUUUCUUGUGGGAUUGCUCUACCACCUGCACCACCGCCUGCAUGAAUACACUGAUAUUCUGAAUGUGCACAGGUUGAUGUGGUGAGCUUCAGGAGGAUGUUGUUAAGAGAAAUUGGCACUGAAGCCCUACGACAAGGAGGGCUGAAGGACUCAACACGAGUCAAAAUCAUAAUCAUACCAUACCUCUACUAAUGCAGUCUGUAGCUUUACAUAUUGUUGCCUUUGUGGUUUUUAAGAGAUUACUGUGUGGGUGGUUAAUUGUUUGAUAAAUGUUGAUGAUACGAUGAUGUUAGAGGCACACAAAGAAUGUAAAUUAUUGAGAAGCCACAACUGUUUGACAUGUUAUUUGUACAAUGCAUAAGUUUUCUAAAUUAUGUUUAUUCAGUGCUGGCCUCACGGAAUCAUCUGGCUCAUACAGCUAAUUGUGUGUAUUAUGGCUGACUUAAUUCAAAGAUUUUCGUAAAGUACUACGCUAUCAUGCCAUCAGUUUUCUCAAUAGUGCGGCCUCCAAAACAACACUUUCACUUUCAAUACUUCUCUUGUAUAACUUUUAUUAGCAAAUAUCCUGAGGUGACGUUUGUUAAAUGCAUCAAUGUUCUGAUGUAUUGUGGUAAAGAAGAGCAGGGGCAAAAAUAUAUGUAGUCAAGAAGUACGUUGGGUGUGAUGAUUCAGACAGAGUAUGAGUCAAGUUCCAGAAAUGCUGAAACCUACAUUUCCCAUGAUGCAACUUAAUAGAAUUUCUGACAUCAUCAGGGUUAUUUAUCAAACUUUGGAAAGUUGUUCCAGAGCUACAGAAGAUGUUACACACCCUUGUGUUGAGUAAACAGAACCUAAUGUAGAAAACUGGGGAGUGCUGCUUUAAAAAAAACUGACAUGUUUGCACAGUGUGAUGAUAAUCUAACUAAAAAAGAAGGAGCCUCUGUUUGUCUAUAUGUCUGUCCUUUGAUUUUCUCGAUAACUGCUCAUCAGAUCGACUUCCCACUUGGCAGGUCUAUUGCAGAGAACCCAAGUUUGAGCUCUUGAGAUCUAUGGGACAUAUUUAUUAGUAGUGCAUACACACUUGGUGCUUCUCAAAGUCAAGGAUGCUUCCUUGGUAGGGCAGGUCCUUUCAAGUUGGGUCCUACAGAGGCAAGGCAAGAAUCGUGACUAGCAUUCAGUGAAAACACAUCGGAACAGGCUAGCAAGUGCCCAGGUGUGCGUCAUUGAAGAGACCCUCCCUUCAAUUCUGGCAUAUUGUGCGCAAAGAAUUCAAGGAUACACACAUGCAUUCUUGAAAAUUCUCUGAAGGAAGGACUUGGUCCUUGGUAGAAUUCGAAGGAUCCUUGACAUUGGAACAGUCCCUCAGUGGGAUUCGAUGACGUAGUCUCGUUAACAUUCAGCAAUUUAAGGAUCCUUCCUUGACUUUAAGGAGCACCAGCUGUGUAGUGUAUUGAGAAGCCCUCAGGAACAGCGCCAGGCUUUGAGACAAUUUUACAUAGUAGCCACAUGUGGAAUUACAACUUCUGGGUUUGUCAGGUGAUGCCACGGGGCCCGAAAGACUUCUUCCCAUAGACUUAUAUUGUGAAAGAGACGUCUGUAAAUCAGUGGUUACAUUUGUUUUGAGCAUCACAACCCCUGCAAAUGACUCAUGUCACUAUCACAAUUUGAUCCAUUUGGUCUGAUAACAUUGGGAAAGUCUAGAGGAGGUGCAUGAUUGAAUAAUUUUAUCCCCAUUCAAGUUAGAGAAGGGCGGGAAGUUAACCUCUUGGCUGAGCUUGGUCACUGUAAGUCCCUAGUGUGCUUGCUCUAUGGGUCCUAUAAUGCACAAGACUCGGGUAAUGUCAUACCAAGAAUACUGACCUUCUUUGGCCUCAUGUGGCUCUGAGCAAUUUUCAUAGGAAUGAAUGAUGCCCUGUCUCCAAUAAUGUAUCUCGUUCUCUUUAUACAUUCAUGGUACUGAGAGGGGACCUGUAUUAGUUCUUACACCGCUGAAUGGCAUGCUGAUAGCUAAGGUAUGACCUGCCAUGCUCUCCCUCUGACUGGCUAGUACUUGUUGCCUUCAUUUGUUGGGUUGAUUAGGUCAAGGCAAGAGGAGUGGGAUUACUUAGGAUUAUUGUAAGAACGUAAGGAUAAGCCAGUCAGAAGCAGAGUAGGGCAGGUUGUGCUUUAGCUAUUGUCAGAAAUGCAAAUUUGGCCUGGGUAAAACUCGCUCUCUGUUGCUCACUACAGUACAUUUAAGAACAGAUAAAGAAAGUGAGACUGGAGGUGUUACAUUAUAGCAAACUCAAACAUUUUAAGAAUCAGUGUCAUAACUUUCUUAAGUCAUAACUUUGUAAUGCUUUUGUUCCUGAAAAUAGCCUGGUCACAAAUAGCUAGCUGUUAGCAAAUGACAAGUAUGAUCUAGCAUUACUAAAGAGACGCAGCGUUGUCAUGGCAGGUGUACUGUUUAGCACCAAAGAAGACACAGUGUCACGUGUGAAGUUGCUUGGAUGAGCGGUUUUAGAGAAAGUUGCAAGUGGCAAUACCGAAGGCCAAGCAAUCGGCCCAUUCUGAACAGCCAACGUUUUGAAUGGGCACUGCAUUAGUUUGUCUUAAAGGCAGAAUUUCUCCCAUGAUGAGAAAUAUAUUAUUUUUGUUUUUCUUGAGAACAUCUCUGAUGCAGCUAUUUUCUUUGCGCUUCACUCCCUGUAUUUGAUCUGUUUAUUGCUUGCAAUGAAAGCUAGGUGUAUGGUUCCUUUUGCCUGCUGUAUCACCUGUUUUCCCCGCCAUUUCCUGACCUCGCCAGAUCGGUUCUCUCUCACAGAAGCUGUACAUACUUGAAGACAGAAAUAAUAAAUUCAUUUUUGCUUGACACCAUA